AUGGAAAGCUCUCGUGAUAUUACAGUUGCGUCGAGUAACAAUGGCGCAGAUGACAUCAUUGAGGAAACUUAUCCAUGCGCUGAUGCCGAUUCAGGGUCUAUCAGAAACCGUAUCGCCUGUAAGACAGGUCAUAUACUGAAUAACCUUACGUCGAGCGUGUGGUAUAGCUAUGCAUUGCUCUAUUUUCAACAUGUUGCUGGUUUGUCCGCCGUCAGCGUUGGCAUCAUUUUCUUCAUUUCUCAAACACUAAUGGCAGGAAGUUCGCUUUUGAUUACUUUGGGCCGCGAGAAACGCUUAUGGAAGUAUUUUUCCCCGUAUGGAAAACGAAAAGCAUGGCAUAUUAUUGGAUCAGCCGGUGUGCUGUUCUCGUGGCCUUUCAUCUUUAUACCGUGCUUGUUUUGUGAAAAUAAUAGCUCGAAUGUUACGUUAGGGGCUUACUAUCUGCUAUCUGUGGCUUUGUUUUCGAUCUCUUGGCCACUUGCUGAAGACAGUUACUAUUCACUUAUGACUGAAAUACGAGAGGAAAACGGCAAAGAUACCGAAGCGUCAAGAUCCAUUGUCCGCGUUUGCAAGGUGUGUCUCUAUAUCUUACUGUGGAUUCUGCUUCAAGAGAGUACGGAAAGUAAAAUGAAUUCAAAUGUUAGCGAGCAAUUUACGCGUUUUGCGAUCAUUCUACUUCCGGUUGGCUUUCUAUUCGUCUUCGCUUUCCAUUUAACGGUGCUAGAGCCCAGACCUCAGACAGAUGAAGGAAAGCUUGAUGAAGAGAAAAACUGUGGGAGAUCAACUGCAGACGUAACUUCUCGAACAACGAUAGUGAACAACGAACCGACAGGAAUGAGAGAGGGGCCAAAAUUAACUUGGUUCGAAUGGCUGAAAGAACCUUCGUUAUAUAAGGUUGGUUGUAUCGUCGUUUUUUCCAACAUCACAUUUCGGAUCGUUCAGUCAUACCUUCCGCUGUAUGUCGUCGAAACGCUAAACUUACGAAAAGAAUCUGUUGCCUUUUUCCCCCUCAUUAUUGUGAUCAGUCGUAUUGCGACCGAACUAACUUGUAGAAGCUUCACAGAUAGACUUACAAUGACACCGAGGGUUAUAAUCUUGUGCACAACUUUUGCAAUAUUUGGUACCAGCCUAUGGUUUUUCGUACAGUCAGCAUCUAAAACCUCCUCUGUUUAUGUGCCCACGAUCAUUUUUGCCGGAAUGUCCUCGCUUAUCACCAUGGUAACGCCGACACUUCAGUAUCACAUCACUGGAAAUAGCAAGGAAGCGGUUACAUUCGUUUCUCUAAUUUUUGAAUGCACGGAAAGGGUUCUUCUUGGAGGGAUUGUGCUCGCAGUCCAAACAUCUUUUCCCGGGAACAAAGACAAAUCAGUCGGUGAAUAUCUGCGCGUUGCCUUCCCAGCAACCUUUGGUUCCUGCAUUUUGGUUCCCCUGCUGAUAGCUACAGGGUCUAUGAGCUCAAAAGACUCCAAUGAAGGUCCGAUGCUAACUAUUACUGCAGCAAGUCCCCGAGAGGAGAUUGAACCGAUACAUACCAGUCAGCGGUUGGAAAACUGUCUUGAACGUCUUGUAUGUUCGGAAACAUCAACUCCACCCGUGUACAUCGAACGUGGCGAAAGGAGGCGAAACAGUGCGGAGAUACAAAGUUCCUUGUCAACGGCUCUCCCGUCAGAUGUCGAACCUGAAGCGGAAGCAAGGUCUCCUGAACAGCGGGAUCGAGAUAUCGAGGAAGUCAAGCGAGCAUUAGACGAGCUUCAUCGACUUCCUUCCACUGAUUUGUAGCCUUUAUCUAUCCUUGUAGUAUUUUACGGGAUUGUAGAGGCGAAUUCUUUGUUGAUUUCAACUUCGUGUAAUCGCUGUUGGUCUCAUUACCAACAACUGCUGCCAGGAUGAUUAACCCUUUCAUUCCCACGAGAAACCAAAAUGAAUUCUUCCUUACAGCAUUGAUGCUUUUUCAGUCAGAAAGGCGAUGAGACAAAAAGGAAAAAUAUCAACUGUAUGAUAAUCUUAGAUACAACACCAAAUUCUCUGAGCCAAGAGUUGAUAUUUAGAUCGUCGGAGUGAAAGGGACCAUAUUUCUUAGGAGUAUUUAACUAAUCAAAAAUAGCAAUACGCAUUCGUUUUAUUUUGCCAAGUCUCGGACUCUCCUUGAGCCAAAUGAAAGGAAAUUAGAUUAUGCAUGCUGAAAACAUCCGCAGUUUCCCUGCGCAAGCUGUUAUCUAUUAUACAUAUAUUUAGCAUCCAUAAUUGACCAGUUCCAAUUUGGCGUUUUCUUACUCCUACUGGGAGAGAACUCAGUAGAGAAGAGCCCUCAGUAUAUAUUCAGUAUGUCAGAAAACAUUUCGCAGUGCAACGUUAGACUUACUGAGCGAAACGUCUUAGUUAUUUCAGACAAAAGAACAUCAACACAUGUUCUCUUUGCCAAACCAAAUAAAACCGCAAUUAGGCAGAUUUGGUCAACCAAGACAAGUUAGCUGACAAAGACU